AAUAUAUUUUUUUUAACUUUUUAAGCAGCACUAAAGUCAAAAAAAUCUGUUUUAAUCUCUGGGGUAGGGGUCAGGGUUUAAGCAUUUCAAAGAUAUAUACCAUUACUUCGAUUGAAAAAGAGCACGGUAGGCCUCUUACGUCUUUCUGCAUUACCGUCAUGGAGGAGCCUCCUACUUCGUCAGCUUCGAGGGGCAGCACAAUCGAGCAGACAGAAAGAAUGAUCGAUGCAAGUCUCAGAAUCCCAACCGUUAAAUUCCUCAUCGAGCAUUUGGCGAAGUCUGGGUGUUCGGUAGGACGGGAUUUUUUCAAGGCAGAAAAAUGCGGUCAAUCGGUCAGUGGUGGAUACCAGCCAGGACAUGGGAUUGAAGUGUGCAGCAAUCAUGUGACUUUGCAAGACGAGGUAAAUCAAGUCAUAAUUCAUGAGCUAAUCCAUGCAUAUGAUGAAUGUCGAGUGGCAAACCUGGAUUGGUCAAAUUGUGCACAUCAUGCCUGCAGUGAGAUUCGUGCAGGUCAUUUAAGUGGUGAUUGCCAUUUCAAACGUGAGUUAUUGAGAGGCUAUUUUACUCUUCGUGGGCACGAGCAAGAGUGCGUGAAAAGAAGAGUUCUAAAGUCUGUCAACAGGAACCCAAGUUGUUCUGAAGAAGCUUCAAAGGAAGCAAUGGAAGCUGUUUGGGAUAUUUGUUACAAUGAUACCAAGCCUUUUGAUCGAGCAAUGUAGGUUUUGAAAUUUUGAAUUGCUAAUUUGAUCGCAAUAAUGGCCCUUCUUAAGCUAGGGAAUAUUUUUUGAAAAAGAAAUUAUAAUAAACUGAAGCUGUGAAGGUUUCGAUUUUUUUAAUUGUUAAAUUUGAUUGAAAUCAUUGUCCUCGUUUUACUCGGCCAAUUCAUACUUUUUGGGAUGUAAGAAAAGUUCCCUUAAAACCAGUUAUUGUUAUGUAAGAGAAGUUUUUGAAUCUACGUACGAGUUAAUGAGUUCAAACUCUUUUCCACGGGCAUACAAUGAGUUCCGUAGAUCUAACAAUUGCCAUUGAAUAUGUCAUCAAUAAUUACUCGUCUCAGAAUUGAUCUUCAAAUUGAAUGCAGACCUCCAAAUAUGGUUAGUAUUCAAGAUAA